CUCAACAACUAACUAAAAUCCUCCACCCCACCUCCCUACCUAUAAAAACCUCCUCACUCCUCACUCUCUGCUAACUCUCAAAACUUACAGAGGACAUAAAGAUGCUUACUAUAGAGAACUCCCAAAAGUACCCGACCAUGCCAGAGGUGGUGGAAGAACUAAAGAAAAUGACUGAUAUAGGCUUCCCAAUAGCAGUCAUGAGCUUGGUGGGUUAUCUGAAAAACAUGAUUUUAGUUGCGUGCAUGGGAAGGCUAGGAAGUCUGGAGCUCGCCGGAGGUGCCUUGGCCAUUGGUUUCACCAACAUCACCGGCUACUCAGUCCUAUCAGGCUUGGCCAUGGGGAUGGAGCCACUUUGCAGCCAAGCUUUUGGUUCAAGGAACUUGUCAGCAGCAUCUCUAACUCUACAAAGAACAAUUCUGAUGUUACUCGUAGUUUCCUUGCCUAUUGCCUUGCUAUGGGUGAACCUUGAACCCCUCAUGCUUGCCGUCCAUCAAGAUCCUGAAAUAACCAAACUCGCAAGUUUAUAUUGCCGUUUUUCUAUCCCAGAUCUUAUUGCUAAUAGCAUUCUACACCCUCUACGCAUAUAUUUACGUAGUAAAGGGACUACAUGGCCAUUAAUGUGGUGCACUUUGGUGUCCAUUGUUCUGCACCUCCCUAUCACCAUAUUCCUAGCCUUCACUCUUCGUCUUGGGGUCCCUGGAAUUGCAAUUUCCACUUUUAUCUCUAAUUUUAACACCCUCUUAUACCUAUUAUGUUACAUGUACUUCACUCGUGUCCCUGAUGAGCCUUUGUACACACCACUAUCACCAUCACCAACACCACCGCAGCUGCCGCCAUCCUCAUCAACUUCUUCUUCACUAAGAAUAAAGGAAUGGGGGAUUCUAAUUCGACUUGCUGUACCAAGUUGUUUAGCCGUUUGUUUAGAGUGGUGGUGGUAUGAGUUCAUGACAAUUGCAGCUGGAUACUUAUCGAAACCUCGAGUUGCUCUGGCAACAUCAGCUAUAGUAAUUCAAACCACAUCUCUUUUGUACACAUUACCUACAGCAAUUAGCUCAUCGGUCUCAACCCGAGUAGGCAACGAACUAGGAGCAGGAAGACCAGGAAAGGCACGUUUGGCUACGGCAGUUGCUAUAGGACUAGCGCUAUUAAGCUCAUUAUUUGGGUUGGUAUUAACCACAGUAGGAAGAGAAGCAUGGGGGAGGGUUUUUACAGAGGAUGAACAAGUUCUUAAGCUAAGUAUGACUGUACUGCCGAUAAUUGGACUAUGUGAGCUAGCGAAUUGUCCACAAACCACUAGUUGUGGGAUUUUAAGAGGAAGUGCUAGGCCCGGUAUUGGGGCAGGAAUAAACUUGUACGCGUUUUACUUGGUGGGCGCACCAGUGGCCAUAGUCUUAGGCUUUGUUUGGGAGGCAGGGUUCGUGGGUCUAUGUUAUGGACUUCUAGCCGCUCAAAUUGCAUGUGUAGUUUCAAUCUUGACGGUGGUAUACAAGACAGAUUGGAAAAAAGAGUCUUUAAAGGCCAAACACUUGGUGGGCAAGAGCACUCAAACAUUGUUACCACUUGAACACCAAAUACUCAAAUAAGAAAAAGAAGAAGGCCUAGGGUUUCUCAGAUGACGGUGUUCAGUGGGUUGAUUUUCAAAAGUGAAAAAGAAAAAUUUUUUUAAAAAAGAGAGUAGUACGGCAUUAACAAGACAACAAUUCAAAUUACGCUUUUUAUCUUCA